CUCUGCAUCUGGAUCCUGCAGUCGCUCAUCCACCUCCUGCAGCUCGGGCAGGUCUGGAGGUACCUGCGCACCCUCUACCUGGGCCUCCAGAGCCGCUGGCAGUCGGAGCAUCGCAAGCGCCACUUCUACUGGAGGAUGAUGUUUGAGAGUGCCGACAUCAGCAUGCUGCGCCUCCUGGAGACCUUCCUCAAGAGCGCGCCCCAGCUGGUGCUGCAGCUGAGCAUCAUGGUGCAGCAGAACCGCAUUGAGCCGCUGCAGGGCCUCUCGGCUUCUGCAUCGCUGGUCUCCCUGGCCUGGACGCUCGCCUCCUACCAGAAGGUGCUGCGGGACUCGCGCGAGGACAAGAUGCCCAUGUCCUACAAGGGGGCCGUGGUGCAGGUCCUCUGGCACCUCUUCACCAUUGCGGCCCGCGCCAUCGCCUUCGCCCUCUUCGCCUCCGUGUUCCAGCUGUACUUCGGCAUCUUCAUCGUCACGCACUGGUGCAUCAUGACCUUCUGGAUCAUCCAAGGCGAGACGGAUUUCUGCAUGUCCAAGUGGGAGGAGAUCAUCUACAACAUGGUGGUGGGCAUCAUCUACAUCUUCUGCUGGUUCAACGUCAAGCAGGGCCGGAGCCGGUGCCGCAUGGCCAUCUACUACGUCAUCACGCUCUCGGAGAACGCCGCCCUGACGGGCCUCUGGUACUGCUUCCGGAGCCCCUACGUGGUCUCCGAGUCCAACGCCUUAAUCAUCGUCUGCGUCGUCACGUCCAGUUUCGCCUUAGGGGUCUUCUUCAUGUUCAUCUACUACUGCCUCCUGCACCCCAACGGGACGAUCUUUGGGCCCCAGAGCACAGGCUGCCUCUGCAGCGAGGAGCCCUCGGCGGUCCCCCGCGGCGUGGGCCCCCACGGGGACGCGGUCACCAGCCCCCCCCGCUCCCUGCCCAGGACUACAGGGGCCGAGAGGGAGGGGGUCCCAGGGGACAGAGACAGCUGCGUGCCCGUCUUUCAGGUCCGGCCCAGCGUGCCCCCCACCCCUGUGGCGCACGUCCCACGGACAGAGGGCCCCGUCAUCCGCAUCGACCUGCCGCGGAAGAAGUACCCGGCCUGGGACGCCCACUUCAUCGACAGGCGCCUCCGCAAGACCAUCCUGGCCCUGGAGUGCACCUCUCCCGCGACGCCGCGCCUGCAGUACCGCAGCGUGGGGGCGUCCCAGGAGCUGCUGGAGUACGAGACCACCGUGUAG